CCCUCCUCCUCCCCUCCCCCGCCCCUCUCUCUCUCUGUCUGCCAGCUGAUGCUGACUCUCGUCAUCCCGGGGAAAAACCUGGACGGACGGUGGGUUUGGGGAUUUUUGACACAGACUAUAGCAUUUACUACUUGGUUUACAGAGUGAAACUGCGAAUUUAAAGAAGACACAAAUUCCGAAACCGAGAGAGGAAAGUGGACAGAAAGCAAGCAAGCCAGUGCACAGUAAAAAAGGCAGGGGGGGAGAACAACAACUUCCAGCCCCCGGCCGGCUGUGCGUGCGUGUGUGUGUCCUCGGAGCGGUCUGCGGGGAGCCGUCGGCUGUUUGCCACCACAAAAGACGGGUGUAAGACUCUGGGUCCCAGAUGGAGUUCCCCGACGACUUCCUGCUGGCCGAGCUCAGUCACCUGCAGUUCUACAACGACUCGCUCUACCACAGCAACUUCAGUGGUGCCUACAACGACACGGACACCCUGCUCCCCACGGGGGUGAAGGUCACCAUCGUGGUCGUCUACAUGAUCGUCUGCGUCAUCGGCCUGGUGGGCAACUUCCUGGUCAUGUAUGUCAUCAUUAGAUACACUAAGAUGAAGACGGCCACCAACAUCUACAUCUUCAACCUAGCUCUGGCUGACUCUCUGUUCCUGGCUACUCUACCUUUCCAGGGCACUGACGUGUUCCUGGGCUUCUGGCCGUUCGGUAACGCUCUGUGCAAGGCGGUGGUGUCUAUCGACUACUACAACAUGUUCACCAGCACCUUCACCCUGACGGUGAUGAGCAUGGACAGGUACGUGGCCGUCUGCCACCCUGUCAAAGCGCUGGACAUGAGGACUCCUCACAAGGCCAAGGUGGUGAAUAUCUGUGUGUGGGUUUUGGCCUCAGCCUUUGGCGUCCCAGCCAUGGUCCUGGGAAAUGUGGAGGAGGAACAAGAGCAUAACAGCGUUGAGUGCAUUGUGGUUUUACCUGAGCCAAAGGAUAACUGGGACCCUGUCUUCGGCACCGGCGUCUUCCUCUUCUCCUUCCUCAUCCCCGUGGCGAUCAUCAGCAUCUGCUACAGCCUGAUGGUCAAGCGCCUGCGCAACGUUCGCAUCCUCUCUGGCUCGAAGGAAAAAGACCGCAACCUGCGGCGCAUCACCAGGAUGGUCCUGGUGGUGGUGGCAGCAUUUGUCGUCUGUUGGACCCCCAUCCAGAUCAUGGUCUUGGCUCAGUCACUUGGCUUCAACAUGAGCAGCUUUUUCACGGUGGUCCUGAUGCACUUCUGCAUCGCGCUGGGCUAUGUCAACAGCAGCUUGAAUCCCGUGCUCUACGCCUUCCUGGAUGAGAAUUUCAAACGCUGCUUCCGCGAGUUUUGCAACCCGUCGCCAUUCCACCUCGACACCCAGCAGUCGGGCAGGAUGAGGAGCAUCGCUAGGGAGGUGGCAGCAGCUUACAGCUACAAGGCUGAUGGUGGGGGGCAUGGAGGAGGGACUCCUAAUCCAGCAUGACUAGGCGUGGAGCUCCCCUUGGUAGGGGUAGACCCCCAACAGAGGAGAGAGAACCAGGGGACAGGGAACUCCAACACAGAAUUGACUCAGAUUACAGCUCUCUAGCGGCACGAGCCCCCCCGCCCCCCAACUAGAAGACUGGCCUGGGGUGGGGGGGAGGGAGAUGAGGAGGAUGGAGUUGAAAGGAAAAGAAUUUAAGAAUAUGGAUGGGUAUGACAAACAUAGGACCUAUAGGUUGCUUACAGUUCAUGGGUAAAAGGGAAAUGGGAUAGGUUGAAAGAUUGGGUGGAAAGGGUGGUGGACAGCUUGGUAGGGGAUGGUGCCAGAUAUGGGAGUAGCUCAAACCAUUAUGGAGCCUGGAUUUUAGAAUGACUAUGGCCCGAAUUCCGCUGAGACGGUAAGUUGUUUUGGAAUGUAAGACUUGCUCAAUGAUUCAACUAUCUAUAUGUCGUGAGGUGACAGCAUUAUUUGAAAGUUAUUGCAGCUCUAAAAACAACAGACUAACAAAAACGGCAUCUGCCAAGUGAAGCUGAUACCCAAUUGCUGCAUCUCUAGAAAUAUGUCUGACUCUACUUGGGUAUGAGAAGGCAGGGGUUGGGAAUAAACAUUUAGAGAGAGCAUAUACACAGUAGGAAUAAUACAAGUAGUGCAGAUACCAAAAUCACCAUGUACUACUUUGGUGCUUGUAGAAAGAAUAUAAACAACAUUGGAAGCACGGAUUGUGGCUGUCUGACGGUAAGGACUACGGACUGAAAACCUGCCAAGGAAGAGUAAAGCUUUCUGCAAGUGUGAAAUAGAGAAUGAACACGUUCACUACGGUUUAUUGUAUCUUUAUCAGUUGGUGUUUCAGACUAAAGAACUUUAUGUCAUGAGUGUGUCCCAGAGUGAUCCCAGUAUGAGGUCUUUAUUGUGAUGGUUUCUCUUAAAAUGGGUCGACCUAAAUGUAAUAUGCUGCUGGGCCCUUAUAAGGACUUAAAUGGGUACAUAAAGUAUAAUGUGAUAUUUCAUCCUGUAGACAGGAAGUUGGAUGUAAUACCUGCAAACAAUAGCUGGCAUAGAGAAAAAGAACAAUGUGCAACACGCUACUCCUGAACAGUAUUCCUUAAACUGUGUCUAUGGACCCAGAACGGGUCACAUGAAUGUUAUUUAGGAGCAACAUUUGUCAUGUGUUCUGAAGCAAAAUAAGCCUGAGAAACUCUGUCCAACAAGCUUCUUAGAGUUUUGUCAUUUUUGAAAACUUUCUAUGACCAACUGAGGCGUUGUAAAUUUGGAGUUUGGGGUGGGGGGAAGCUGGUAAGACCUGAGAGAACAGCAAAAACUCAACAAAAGAAUCCGUGUUUGGGACAAGCCCAGCCUGGGUAUUAACCCAUCUUCUUCUUGCUGUGUUUUAGGACACAAGAUGAAAUACAGUGCCUGUAUGUGGGGGGUCCACACAUGAAAUCUCAAUUAGCCUGUAUCCAAAGGUAGAUGUACCCAUAUCAAAUUUGCAGCUAGGACUUGAAAGGUUUUCAAUAAACAUAAUCUUGACAUAACAUUAUGGGCAAAAAUAAUGCAUUCGUAAAAGCUGUCACAGUAUAUGUUUCAAGCACUUAGAAAACAUGACAAUGACAAAGUGAUUAGUGAUAAUGAAUUCAUUAUUUUAUCUUAAUUGCAAUACAGAUUGAAAAACAAUCAGAAUUCUUUUACAGCCUUCUUACCAGAUGGUAUUUACAACACAUCUGUGAUUGUACCAUUGAACCGGAUAUAUCUUGUGGAGAUUUUCAACAAUAACUUUCAAAAUUAAUCUAAGGAAAUACACAUACCAAAUCUGAAAGCAGAGUCACACGGUUGGCCAGUUGAGCCAACAGUGCCACAGUUAGUGG